AUGGAUUUACAACAACUAAACGAAGUUCCUGUUCAUAUCGGAAUAGAUUUAGGAACAACAUAUUCAUCCAUUGCAAUAUAUUUAGAAAAUGAGACAAACCCAGUAGAAGUACUGCAAAUAUCAAAUAAUGAAUUCUCAGUACCGUCAUGGGUUGAAAUAUUUAAAGGAAGUGGAGGAACAAAAAAGUACAACGUUGGUAUUAGAGCAAAAAAUAAUGGUAGUAUUUGUCUUCAUGAUUCUAAAAGGUUAAUUGGAGAAACAGUUAAACGGUACAGGCAACAAAAAGGGCUGUUACCAUCACUUACUUCAUUUGACGUUUCAACAGAGAAGGAUGAAAUAAAGAUGUGUGUUGAAGAUCCUCUUGACUCAUCAAAAAUAGAAAGUUUUUAUCCAAUUGAAGUAUCAACUUUAGUUCUUAGAACAUUGUAUAAUAUAUUUAUUCAAAAAAAUUAUAGUAGAAAGGUAGGGAAAGUAGUUGUUACUGUUCCUGUUUCUUUUACUCCAAGACAAAAGAAAGAAACAAUUCAAGCGUGUAAAAUGGCAGGAUUUGAAGAUGUCUAUUUAUUAGAAGAACCAUUUGCAUCAAUAUUGGAAUAUAAAAGAGAGCAUCACUUGAAAGACGAAUCGAAAAUCAUUGUUAUUGAUUGUGGAGGAGGAACAACAGAUGUUGCUUGUUGCAUUACACAUGGAUACGAAAUGCCAAAAUGUAAAAAACUAGAUUUUGAAAAAAUUAGAAACAUUGUUUUAGAGAAAGUUAAAGAAACACAAAAAACAAAUCCACGCAUCUUGGAUUUAUUUGAACCAGAAAAAUGGUAUAACUUUCCUAAGACAAUACAAACAAAAAGGUAUUUGUCUAAUUGUAUUGACAAAAUAACAAAUUCUGCUCUUACAGUGUUACAACAAAACAAACCAUUCACAUUUAAUACCUCUGAAAUAAGCAGAAACUGGAAUAGUGAAAUAACAAUAAAACUAAAGGAUGUCAUAAAACAAGAAGAACCAAAUCUUCUAAAUGAAAUAAAAACUACUGAAUGUGUGUGGAAUGAAAGUGAUCUUAAUCUUGGUGGAAAUAAUUUUGAUGACUCUCUUAUUAAAGUCAUUCUUAAUAAAAUCAAAGAGAGUGUAGAUGAUAGUACAUUCAAAAAACUCUUUGUUUCAAAGAGUUCUGAUACAAAAGCAACCAAAAAAAAGAAGUCCAAAAUAAUGAAACAAAUAAGAAAUAAUGCUGAAGAAAUCAAGAAAUCAUUCUCUGGAAAUGUAAGUUAUUCUCCAAUUGAUUUAUACUCAAUUUCUACUGAACUUGACGGUUCCAUUGAAAUCACAAGAGAAGAAUUUGAAGAACAGUGUAAGAAAGAUGGUCUUAUUGAAAAAAUUAAACAAUGUAUAGAAAAUGUAGUGGGGUGUUCUAGUUGGAAUAUAGAUGAUAUAGAUUAUGUCUUACCAAUAGGUGGUUCGUGCUGUAUCCCACUUGUUAGAAAAACAAUUUGUGAUAUGUUUGGAGAGAACAAAAUUAUUGGAUUUGGCUCUGAUGGGUAUCUAAGUGUUGUCAAAGGAGCAGCAUAUAGAGCACAUCAAAUAUCAAUAAAUAAAGAAGAUAAUAUAACACAGGUAAUGCCAUAUACACUUGGGUUUGGAUUAGUUGAUGAUAGUUUUAGUAUUUUUGCAUCAAAAGGAAAAAAAUUACCAAUUAUUUUUGAAAACAUCUAUUCUAAUGCAUUUGAUAAUCAAAGAAGUAUUACAAAUACAAUUUAUAAAGGAGAAGGGAGAAAGACAAACGACAAAGGAAUGGAACUUGUUACUGAAGUAACAGUAGAACUUCCACCUGGAUUAAAGGCAGGUGAAUUUAAAAUGAUUUACAAAACAACAGUUAACAGAAGUGGUCUUGUUGAAGUUGAUAUUGUUAAAAAAGAUACCGGAGAACGUCUUGAAAAAAUGAAAGUAUUUGUGAAUUUAGGAUUUGAUGAAGAUAUGCUCAAGAAGAUUCAACAACAUCUUGAACCUUAUAUUAAAAAUUCUGAAUAA